AUGUCCUGGUUCCAGAAGAACUUCACUCUCCCCUCCCGCAGCCGCGGCUCCUACCUAAUCACCGACACCGUCCUCUCCGAGCUCCCCGAGAUCCGCGAUUACAAGGUCGGCAUGUUGAACCUGUUCGUGCAACACACGAGUUGUGCACUGUCGCUGAAUGAGAACUGGGAUGACGAUGUCCGGGCUGAUAUGAGUGAUGCGCUGGAUCGUAUUGCGCCGUAUGAUCGGAAGGGAAAUUUGUAUCGUCAUUCUGCGGAGGGCGAGGAUGAUAUGCCGGCUCAUAUCAAGUCUGCGCUCAUCGGUGCUUCGGUGAAUAUUCCCAUUUCCAAUGGCCGUCUGGCGACCGGUACCUGGCAGGGUAUCUGGUACCUCGAGUUCCGUACCAGUCGGCACACGCGCAAGGUUGUUGCGACUAUCCAGGGUGAGAAGGCUUGA